CCGUUUAUGAAUUUUGCGGUUACACAUGCACGAGCAUACAAAUGGGUCCGUCCACCCACGCUGUGUCAGUCUACUCAACUUUGCCUGAACCUGCUGCAGAAGGAAAACGCUCCCUCUUACUUUCAGGGAAAAGCCGCUCCGCAAGUAUUUCGGACAUCUUUAAGUUAGAAACGUGAGUAAUGGCAAGUAAACCCUCGUUGACUCAUCAAGCCACACUGAUGCUGCUCUUUCUAACCUGGAGGGGAGGCAUAUAUUGCAAUGGAUUUACAGUGGAUCCUCCCGAGAACCUUGUGAUAUUAGACCCUGGUCAUUUUGGACAUCUGGAGAUUACAUGGACCCCCCCAGCCAGCCUGAUCAACAGGGCAGAGUGCCCAAAACUGUAUCAAUUGGAGUACUUCAAUGCAUACAAGGGAAGUUGGACUGUGAUCAGGACAUCUAGGAGGUCAUACAGUGCCCAGUUUGAUCUGAUGAAAGACGUUAGAGUGAGAGUGUACACCUUGCUAAAUGGACCCUGCACUAACAACACUAUGAUCAAGAGCACAAACUACACUGAAGUGGUCCAGAAACCUUCCAGCACAGGUGUUGCGGGUAUCACGGUCAAGGAUUUCGUCUGUGUGUUCCAUAACAUGGAGAAGAUGGUGUGCAACUGGGGAAGAAACCCAAAGAUACCAGCCAACUCACAGCAAAAUCUAUAUUUCUGGCACAGGGAGCUGGAACAGGCAGAGGAAUGCCCCAAAUACAUCCUCUCAGGUGGAGUCAGGAGUGGGUGCGACUUCACAGGGAAAGCUCUCCCUGAUUUCACUGAUAUCAACUUCUGCAUAAAUGGCUCCUCGCCUCAAGGGCCCUUGAAACCAACAUAUGCCUCACUGCAAAUCCAAAACCACGUGAAGCCUGGUACUGCAGAGAAGCUGCAUCUGCAAACAGGCCCAGACACGCGGCUGGAAGUACAAUGGGAGCGUCCUGUUGGAAGUGUUCCUGGACAGUGCUUAGAAUGGGAGGUGGAGUACAGUCAAGAGGGGCCUGAUGGAAAAAUGACAUCGCAACAGAUUUUUACUGAAGAGAUGAACCUGACUCUGCCCCUAAAUGACGACUACAGGAGAAGCUGUGUCAGAGUUCGGUCCAAAUUGCACAAGUACUGUGUGAACAAAGGCUUGUGGAGUGAGUGGAGUCAUCCAGCCUGCCACCCAGAAAUGAAAGAAGUUGCCCCUGAACCACAAUGGGACAUGGUACCAGUCUACGUGUAUAUUGCCACUGCCAUCAUUGCCAUACUAGUGUUAUCUCUGUGUGUGGGGACAGUGCUCAAAGUGAGGAGAUCAAGACAGGAGAAGAAACCAGACUCUUUGCUCACCACCCUGUUUGCCAGGAAUUCAGUUCUUACAGUGGGAGAGGCCUGAAAAGACAGGAAAACCUGCACACUCAUUGCUCUCGAAGAGCACCUCUGACAGAUAUUUUACUGUUGCACUCCAUCUCUCUCUAUUUUCAGGGUUUUUCUGAUUGAAAUGAGAUGAGAUUCCACAAAGUCAUCACCUGAGAUUUUAGCCAUUGCUAACACAUUACUGUAGAUAGUACAUAUUAGACUGAAAGUUACAGUAGGUUAUUUAGAAAAACUAUGUAAAAUUCACAAACAGUAUUAUAUUAUUACAACAUGCUGUAACUGCAGUUGCCUUUUUUUUUAAUUUACAAUUUUGUGCUUAAAUGCUCACAUUUAUAUAAACUACUCAGAAAUGUCAUGUUAACUGGAUGAUGAUUGUUUACUUUGUGCUACAAUACUUGCCAGUUGAGUUAGUCAGCAGAGAAUAGUUUGCAGAUGUUGUGAUGUUGCUUUCAGGAGCAAUUACUUAUUCUGGGAAUUUGUUUUUGAAGCCUUAUGAUUUACCAGACCUCUUGCCAAUUAAUCCAUGUUGAACCAUUUCAGCAUGAGUUACACUUUGUGGAGAAAUAACACUUUUUUAAAUGUUCUGUUUAAAUGCUCUUUUUUUGUUUAAUUGUUUACUUUUUGCCUCAUUCUUGCCAGUUACUUAAGACAACAAAGAUUUUAUUGUGUCUAAAUCCAGUACACAGGGAUAAAAUGUGUGAAAUGGUUUUGUACUGUGCCUUUACAGUGAAGUCUCUCAUGACCUGCAGAGGGAUAUAUUUCUUUAAACAGGUUAAUGCAGAAGAAGUAAGUGUGCCAGAUUUAGUCUUUUUGUGGUUUUUGUCUUGAGGGGUUUGAAUUAUAACUCAACCUGGAUGCAAAACAAUAUUUCAAUGACUGUCUAAGCAUUUUUGUUCAAACAUGUCAAUUUUACAUCAACUGUACCACAGUUAAAGGAACUGUGGUACAUUUUGUUGGAUAAAAUAGUACAGUUGAAUGUUAUUACUUUUUAGUGAGCUUGAGCUAAACUCAAAUUUACAUGACAUCCAGGUACCUGACUGUCUGUUUUUAACAACUUAGAAAAAAAGGAAAUAAAGAAAAAGCAAAAAAUUAACAUAUCACAUGCAUCUUUCAUGUUCUCAUAUCAUGAACUCUUACCAUAUGUGCUUUUGGGGUCUGAGACGCAACUCAACAUUUAAUGUUUAGUAAUAAUCAUUCUCAUCAAAAUAAUUUCAACCUGUGGUUCAACUGCUGUUAUUUAUAUGAGUAAUUUAGGCGUUGUGACGAUGAUGACCUUUUUUAGUAUUUGCUAUGUCACUGCAUAUUAUGGAAACAUAAUGAAAGAAUGUAUUUUACACAGUAUAUUGUUUAAUGGGAUUUUUAGGUAUAUAUUGUACUUUAUCUCUGUAUUUCAUGGGCAACAUUAAAUGUGUACAUAGGUAGCAGAAAAUAAAAAAAUCUCUUUACCUCUACUGGUAUUUCAAUGUAAGAGUGCGAGGAAACAAAACUUUAAGGACCAAUAAGUAUUUUAUUGGUGACUAAUUCAUACAGUGAAAUCACACUGUAAAUGGUGGUGUGUAUUGUAAAAAAGUUAGCCAAAAUUUUGACCAAGCCACUGGAUAUCAGCAGUGUUCGUUUUACUUCUUUUAUUCUAUGGCAUAUUUCAAAUAAAGUCUACUGCUGAAGGUACAAUGAAUUGUAGUAUUGCAAAUUAUUUCGAGAUGGUCUGAUAACAAAUAUCAAGUGGGCACAAUGACUCCAUUAAAGUGUCUAUGUCAGAUAACAGUGUUAUUCAGAGCAAAGGGGGAGGCUGCAGCUGAAACUGAUCAUAUCAACUGAAUUGGCUGAACUUCUUGUAUAAUUGACAGCUGCCUCUCCUCAGCACGAAGCAAAACACUCUGGUGGAGACUUUCAACACUAACAUAAAAGUUGGUAUGGUUCAUUGGUUACUAUCUUAUGGAACCAAUUAAAUGUCAUCAAUUUGACAGACAUAAAUAUUAAGGGGUCAUUUACUUCUUAAGAUGAAAAUGCUCAGUCAGUAAAAAAAUAUCUGCACAGGCUUGUCUUUUGUGACUAAAAUCGCUGGCAAUGGCAGGAUGUAUUCAUCAUGAUAUAUUUGUAUAAUCAGUCAGGAACAAUGACAACAAUCACAGCUGCACUUUGUAUAUAAUGCUUUGUUUCUUUCUUAUCGGAUUGUUUUGAUCAUAAUUUCCCCCUGCAGAAUAUUUUUAAAUGUUGAUGCAACUACCAUACUACUUGAGAAAAAACAAUUUAAAAUGUAUCGAUCACAGUUGCAUUUGUAUAGAAUAGAAAAAAAUCUAUUAAUAUUAGUAAUCAGCUGCUCUGGUAUAGGUGACUGUAUACAUGACAGAUUCCUGUCUUUUCACACUGUUGCAGCCAUUAUACUGUGUAUGUAUGGAUUAUUUGUUUAUUUUUGUAGUAUUCUUUUUGAACACUGGGUGGUGCAUGGGUGCAGAAAGACAUACUGUGUAUGUUGGUGAGCUCACAGGACAGGAGGAGGUGAUUGGGGACUUUUUGACAGUGAAGCUUUGAGUUGCAAUAGUCACCACACAAACAGUAAAAAAAACAAAAACAAAUAAACAAAACAAACAAACAAAAAAAAAAACUGCAUUUGCCUUUUAGACAAUGUAACACCAGUAAUGAUGUGAAUAAUCUGCUCUGCAUUUGGAAAUGAUGAUGUGACAUCAUACUUGUAAUUAGAUACAACUAGCGUGGAAGAAGUAAGUAUGUUAAGUUACAUCAGUAACAUCAGUGGUAUAAAUGUGACUGUGUGUGAGAUGUUGUAAAGUGUAGAAACAAACCAAAGGCCAAACAAAAAAAUCUGUGCCUAGGUGCUCUGGAUCUAACUGGGACUUGCAAUCAAGGUUCCUCUGACACCUGACACACACACAGAGGUUGGGCAAGGGCCAUCACAGGUACGUGGCAGUAUUAUGACGUUUAUCUAAUUUGCUCAUGUGGAUAACCUGCUGUGUAGACUGUACUACAAGUAGUUAGAGAAUUGGUUACACUUUAUUUUUGUCAUGCUUAUGAUGCCCUCCAGUGUCCAGCUAAUCUGUUGCAGCUCCAAGUUAAUAAAUGAGAUUUUAUGUGAGGGUAUUUGCCUGAGGAGGACCACAGCUGGAUUAAAACAUUGCCAAUGAAGCCUAAUAAAGAUGUGAUUCAGUGUGAAGUGUUUGAUCCAACACUCAUUGACAUCCACAAGGUCAGCAGCUGACUGCUUCCCACACCACCUCACCUUGUCCAUACUACUUGUCCAUGUGCGUGUGUCUAUGGGUUUCUUUUGUUUACUUUAUUUGGCUCAUAAUAAUAAUAAUAAGACAGUGCUCCUCAUCACCAUUCAAAAUUUAACAAAACUCAAAUAAAACACUAAUAUUUAAAAUUUUGUUUCGUGAGUGAAUGGAAGCUGCCGUGUGUCUCAUCCAGAUGAAGCACCGUUGCUGCGUUAUGAAACAUAAGAUAAGCUUACUGAAUGAUAGACUCAUUCUGAAGAGGUGCACAAAUGGUAUUCAUGUAAUUCGACUGUUGUAUUCACAGCAGGUUUUCCAUACACAGAACUGGGGUUUACUGGGACCCAGGGGACUGCUGGGCAGCACAAGCUGAUAGUGGAGGAGAACACUUUUUGAGGUUAAUAUGUAAUUUUGGUGGAGCCAAGCUUGAUGGAGGAUUGCUAGGAGGGUAAUGUAUAGCCCAGGUGUUGCUUUUCAGUCCAUUUAUGUGCCUCACUAGUCUGCUGACCCUGGUCUGCAGAGGACUUGCACCACUAAGGAUCACGUAAGGAGCUGGACAGCUUCAGGUUUGCAUUUGUAAUUUUCUUGGAUUUUCAAUAAAUUUGUGAAUAGUCAUAUCACUAAAACAAUAAUUUCCUUCUUCAGGCAACAAGGUGUCAGGGGCCCAUGUCUGUCUCUGUCCCCCAGGUUCAGUAACUGGAAUCUGUCCCUGCAGAGUGAAAGUGUGCAGGGCCUGGCUGGUUACUGCACCUAGGGGCCAGGCUGCUCUCCAAAGGCCAAACUGUCCUCUUCACAGAUACAAUCCAUUGCAUGAGCUUCAUAAUCAAAUGUGACUAAAUGCAUGCAUGAAAAAUUUUUCUUUCUUUGCUGACAUAUAGCAAGUUGAUCUUAUCCCCUUGCAGUGGUGGGAAAAGCUGUAGUCAUAUCCAAAGUAUUCAGAGAUGAGAGAAUGCAGCAGCAGCUGCAGGGCCACACAAUCAUCCUCAGAUGCACACCCAUGAAAGAAAUAUUUUCUAAUCUCAUGAUAUACUGUUAUUAUAAAUCAUUACAACCAUUCUAGGUUGUUGUUUCA